CAUGGGAUUGCUUUUAAGAAGAACCCUGUCGAAUUUUUGCAAGCAAUGUGGAAGAAACCAGGGGAUAUUUUCACAUUUUUGGUUGGUGGCAAGUACAUGCAUUUUGUGGCAGAUCCUGACUUGUAUGAACAAAUACUUAAAGAAUCAGAAGACAAACUGGAUUUUAAGAAGUUUGCAUCAAUGAUAGUUUUUAAUGCAUUUGCUUUUCAGACCACUGAAUCUCAUCAUCAUGUUGGGAGGAAAAUUAGCUAUGAAUAUCUUAGAAGGAAGAAUCUGACUGCCCUGAACCAGGUGAUGAUGGAGAAACAGAAGAUGGUGAUGCUCCACAGCCAGGGUUCAGGAGAGGAGAAGAGACACUGGCAGCAGGAUGGAGUCCUCCACUUUAGCUACAAAACCAUGUUCCAAGCUGCCUUUAUGGCUUUGUUUGGAACUGAGCCAGGCACAGAUGCCAAGAGCAAAGAUAAUGCUACUGAGAAUACCCCAACACCAUAUGAAGAGCUUUUGGGGGAUUUUCAGAAAUUUGAUGAUUUAUUUCCCCAAAUGGCUCUUGGCAUCCUUGAUCCUGAGGGCAAGAAGGAGACAGAAAGGUUGAAGAAUUUAUUCUGGGACACACUCUCAGUAGAUAAGUUGUAUCAGAAGGAUAAUAUCAGUAAAUGGGUAGUUGAGCAAGAUCAGCAGAUGUCUGAUACUGGGAUGACGAAAAAGAUGCGGAGUCAAUUCCUGUUUCUUCUUCUUUGGGCAUCUCAAGCAAACACUGGUCCAGCUACUUUCUGGAUUCUUGUGUAUCUCCUGAAAUAUCCAGAAGCAAUGGAGGCAGUGAGGGAAGAAGUGAACAGAGUACUAAGAGAGACCGGUCAGGAAGUGAAGCCAGGCAGCCCCUUCAUCGACGUGUCUCUGGAAACGAUAAAGACUCCUCUUCUGGACAGUGCAAUAGAGGAAACUCUGCGCUUGAAAUCCAGUCCUUUUUUGUUCCGAAGUGUGAAGCAGGAUACAGAUCUGACAAUGGCUGAUGGGACAGAAUACAUUCUUCGGAAAGGAGACCAUCUACUUCUUUUCCCUUUUAUUGGACUGCAAACGGAUCCAGAAAUCCACCCUGACCCUCACACAUUCAAAUGCGACAGGUUCUUGAACCCAGAUGGCACAAAAAAAGAGUUCUACAAGAAUGCGAAAAAGCUCAAAUAUUACAGUAUGCCUUUUGGGGGAGGACCGUCUUUGUGCCCUGGGCGAUUCUUUGCUGUUAGUGAAAUGAAGAUGUUUGUGAUCCUGAUGCUCACCUACUUUGACAUGGAACUGGUGAAUGCAGAAGAGGAAAUCCCACCAGUAGAUGUAACCCGCUAUGGGUUUGGAACUAUACAUCCUUCUCAUGACAUCAAGUUCAGGUAUCGGCAGCGGUUUUAAAGGGAAAGUUAAACUUGAUUUGCAUAGUUAUGACUGUCGUUUAUUCUGUUAAAUCCUGGGUGAAAUAAUCUAUAAAAUA